UUUACCCACUUUAUAUGUAUACACUGUAUUGUAGUCAUGGAUCAUUCUAUAUAACUACUGCUGAACACACCUUUUAUAUUCAUAUAUUGUCCAUACUGUUUAGACAAACCAUUCACAUGUGUUAUUUCAUAGUUCUGAUGUCUUCACUAUUAUUCUGCAAUGUAGAAAAUAGUCAAAAUAAAGAAAAACCCUUGAAUGAGUAAGUGUUCUAAAACCUUUGACCGGUAGUGUAUGUAUUUAUAUUCAGGUCUCUGGUCAGGAAGCUAAUUUCAUGCAAUUCUAUCCAUUAUGCCAUGGGGUUUUAAACUGUGUACUUAAAUACUGUAUUCUCAACAUAGCUCAUUGUAAUAUAUCUACUGAUAUACAUAUCAUUCUUAGUAUAUAUUGUGUAAAUGCAUCUGGUGUAAAUAUGUACAGAUUACACUUGGAAUGCUGUUAAUUAGAUUCGAUCUGACAUUUCUUGAUUUCGUGUAGGAUUUAUUUAUUUAUUAUUAUUUGGUGUUUGACAUUUUACUGCAGUGUUAGUAGCUAGUAACAUAAGCACUUCGCUCUGCUCAACUGUGUAUGCGACCAAUAACCUUUGAUUUGUGUGUGACAUGUCUUUGACAUCGACUGUCUGCUAUUAUCAACGUAACCACUAGAGGGCAUUCAUGCCCGCAUAGGCUUGUGAUAAUAUGCCGUGGUGAAAGUCCUAAAGAUAGCAAGGUUGCACAGCCUGUACAUCCUUCUUUCUUCCAAACCCUCUUGCAAACUUUCAGUUUCUGAUUUUGAGCCAAAAUUGUCAAAGCAUUUUGUCUGUAAAGCUUCAGGGUAAGUGUGUGUGAGUAUUGUCCUCUUACGGUCUCUCACUGAGGAGAAUCUGUUACAUUAUUUAUUUUAUUUUAUUAACCUUUAUUUAAGUAGGCAACAUUAGCCAGGCUUUUAAUCGAUUUGCCUGUUCUGCUCUGCUCCUGGUCAAGCCCAUGGGACUGACUACUGUACACGGACUCGGUUCUGGAUUACUUCUCUUGUCGUACUGAUCCGAUGAUCUGACCAUUUGCUGUAGAAUGGGACCCUCAAACCACAAGACUUCACUGAAGAGACUGAGUUAGCUGUCCAGUCUUUGGAUGGACCCUCAUCUUAUUGGCUACCCCUUAUUGGCUACCCGAAUGGGUGUGGUCGUAGUGGAGCAAACUGAUGAGAGCGACCAAUGGUAUGAAGACUUCCAGUGCUGGCUCUCAUCAGGUGAGAGGGGCCCCCAGGCCAGCCCCGUCGCCCCCCACCGCAACCCUGUGACCCCCCAGCCCGGCCCUGUGUCAUCAGAAGGGGACGAACCUGGACACGGGAGGAAGGUGUCUUUCUUUGAUGAUGUCACUGUCUAUGUGUUUGAUCAGGAGAGUCCCACCAGGGAGCUACAAAGUCACUGGCCAGAGACCAACAGCAAAGAGACCAAGGGUCAAUCUCCAAUACCAAUUUACAGACACACACCUGAGACCAAUGAUCAAUCCCCAAUCCCGCCCUGCAGCUGUGUCAACCAUCUACCUCACAUGGCAACCUCAGGGGUCUGCUUAGAGGACAAUGGUCUUGGUUUAGAAUGGGAGGAUGACUUCUCCUUCUUGGACAGCUCCCACAAAACCAAGAUGGCCGAUCACCAUCUUAUAAUAUCAGAAUCCAGUAUAUCUUCCGCAUCCCCCCACCAGACCUCCACAUCCUCACACCAGAGGUGGAGUUGUCCAUCCACCCAUGCCUGCUCACAGUUGAGACCUUCUAGUCUGGUCCUCACCCACGUCACUGAUGCUGACCUGGAGCAAUGAGCCCAGUAUCCACCACUGGGGAUGAGGUCUAACAGCGUGUUUGCUGAAGGAGACAAUGUGAUGGAAGACAAAUCUCCAAAUAAACAGAAGAACAGAAGAGCUCAACAGUGGGCCUUGCGUUUCACCACUAGUAAACACUACACAUACUCCCUUUACAUUCUAUGGCCCGACUAAGGUCAACUGCAGGGUGAUAAACCAUCCCUUUUCAGGCUACUGUACCACCAAGAGUCGUUGUUUACCUUUCAGGGCUGUGCCUGUCUCCCAAUAAGGAUUAGCCUAUGACACAUUAACAAUAACAGAGGGUCUGAUGAUCAGAACAUAGCAAUGGUGACCUGAUAAUCCAACAUUGAAUAAAUGGGUCCCAACAAUGGAAAUCUCUUGAUUCACUCAUAAAGUAUUUGACAGCCUGCAUAUUCAAAAUGUAAGAACAUUUAUCAGGUUUUUCAUCAGCUAACCACUGUACUGAUAAGAGCUUGAUGUUGAAAAUAAAAUAAAAUAUUUCUACAGUUUUCAUUUUA